CUACACGAUAACGAGCCAAAGAGGGGCGAGCGAGCGAGGCAGCGAUGGCGGCGAAGCGCGAGAACGGGUCGGACGGCGGCGAGCUCGCCGGCGCCGGCGCCGGCGCCGAGGGAACGAGCCCCAACGAAGGGAGCGCGUCCCCGCCGCCCCUUGCCGCCACGCCCGCCGUGUGCCUCAUCCGUUCCGCCGGAGACUUCGCCGGUGGCGCCUUCAUCGGAUCUAUCGUCGGAUAUGGACAAGGUUUGUUCACUAAGAAGGGAUUUAAGGGGUCAUUCAGCACCGCAGGGUCCUCUGCCAAGACUUUUGCAGUUCUCUCUGGCGUCCAGAGUCUGGUUGUGUGCUUGCUGAGAAGGCUGCGUGGCAAAGAUGACAUUGUUAAUGCUGGAAUAGCUGGUUGUUGCACUGGCCUUGCUCUGAGCUUUCCAGGAGCACCACAAGCCUUGCUCCAAAGCUGUGCGACCUUUGCAGCAUUUUCAUGCAUCAUGGAGGGGCUCAACAAGCAGCAGGCUGCAAUGGCACACACACUUGGCGGGAGUGCUUUCACCGUUGCACACAAGAAUGGCGGCGUUCUCCCACCAUUCACACUGCCACCACUUCUUGAUUCAUCAGAUGCUCUAGCUUUGUGCUGCCAGUCCUUGGUACUAAAACCUAAGCACUAGACUCCAACAUAGUGAGAAGGAGAUGCUCAAGAAAGCUAUAGCUUUAGUAAAUUUUGUUCUGGGACAUGCCUCAAAUCUAGAUUUGCUUUAUGUAUGUCGCCAGGGUUUUAUUGCUGCACUGUGUGGCAAGCGCUGGCUCAACUAUAUAUCAUGAUCGAAUAUAUUUCAUUGGCUUGGCAGAUAUAUUUGAGAAAAUCCCUCCAUGGCACAUUUUCUCCAAUCUUAUCGUGCUACCAUAUCUGGGAUGCUAUUUGUUACUACCUUCAUUUUAUAUUGUAAAA